UUAACUUGCGCAAUAUAGCAUUUAACCCAUUAUAGUGCACGUAAUAGUAAAGUUUGAAUUAUCGAUAUACCAAUCUUUCAUACAACUACACAAUGGUUAUACGGUAAAUGAAAAUAUAAAAUACUCGAGGAUUAAAAAUAUAAAUAAAACCUUUAUUCUUCUAUAAUAUAAUAACGUAAAUUGUUUAAAAAAAUUACUCAAUCAUGACUUCAUUAGGCAAAUCUGUGUUUCUACUAAUAAAAAUGACUACUUCUGUUUGCAAAUUGUACAAGAGACCAUUUACAGUAUGCAUAGAGGGCAAUAUAGGAAGUGGUAAGACAACAUUCUUAAGUCAUUUUAAACAAUUUACCAAUACAACCAUUUUACAAGAACCAGUAGAACUUUGGCGAAAUGUUGCUGGAACAAAUUUAUUGGAAUUAAUGUACACAAAUCCUAGGCGCUAUAGUUUCUUAUUCCAAUCCUAUGUACAAUUAACAAUGCUGCAACUUCAUACUUACGAAUCUGCAAUGCCUUAUAAAAUUAUGGAAAGAUCAGUAUUUAGCUCCAGGUGCUUUAUAGAAACUAUGAAACGUUCUAAACUAUUACAAGAGGUGGAAAUAAUAGUCUUAGAAGAUUGGUAUGACUGGUGUAUACAGAAUGUUAAUAUAGUAACGGAUUUAAUAAUUUAUUUGAGGACAUCGCCGGAUGUUGUAUAUCAGAGAAUGAAAACAAGAGCGAGGAAAGAAGAAAAUUGUGUAUCAUUAGAAUAUUUACAGCAAGUUCAUAAUAUUCAUGAUGAGUGGCUCUAUCAUCAGACACUAUUUAGCGUACCAGCACCAGUUCUAAUAAUAGAUGGAAAUAAAAGUUUACCAGAAAUGGUCACACAAUUUGAAAAUUGCAAAGACUUAAUUUUUGGUAAAAAAGGGGAAAAAAAGAAUUAGGAAAGAAAGACAA